AUGUUACACGAACUUCUCUUGGCAUUAUCCGGGGUAUCUGGAGGAAUAUUCAUUCAUAAGAAAUUUGCUGGACUUCAGGUGUGAGUCAACAGACAGUGCAUUGCGAAUUAUAUGUAACUAUAUAUAUUUUAGUAGACUUUUUAGGCUAUUUUCAGGCUAUAUGAAGUACAAAUAUGAAGACAUCAAGACCUCAUGCAACUUUUACAUCGGAAAAAUGAAAAAUUAUGGUAUUUCUGUUUGCACCCAUGCCAUCGAAAACAUGUCUAAUAUAUAAGUCUUAGUGGCUGGGCACCCAUCAAAUAGCCACUCUGCCUCCAUCGAUGAAGUAAAUUGACUUUUAUCUCCUAAGAACAAAAGAUCAAAAGCAACGAGGCGGUCCCUCCCUAAGAAGUUGCUCAUUUCCCACCCCCUCCUCAGAAAAGGGAAUCUUUUCCCAUAUCGAUCCUUCUGAUGUAUUCCAGAGAUUGAAGGUGCCAACCUAGCCUCCCACGCAGGCAUUUUUAGGGGAGCUCGUAUUUCUUCCCUCCCCACAAACGCCUGCUCAACGGAAAACAACAUUCCUUUCCCAGGCUUAGCCAAUCACAUUGUACUUUCCAAAUUCUGGAAAGUUGACCUUGACCGCAAGGUAAUCUGAUAAUUACUCGAUCUGCAUUAAACACUGCGAAAGCUUUCUGACCUGCAAUAAAUGUUAGAUUCAGAGCGGCAAAAAUAAGAUUUAGUCAAAAUUCAGAAUACUCCGUGCACUGCAUAACCUUAGCGAAGGAAAGAAAAGAAGGAAAACGGUAACUCUAGAGUCACGUUCAGUCGUGUUUAGCCUGUCAACACUUUAUUGCACAAUUGUUGAUUGGUCACUUACCACGCAAAUAAAACAAUGAGAAAGGAAUGUUGUUUUCCGUUGAGCAGGCGUUUGUGGGGAGGGAAGAAAUACGAGCUCCCCUAAAAACGCCUGCGUGGGAGGCUAGUGCCAACCCAGCAACCCCUCAGAAUAACUCAUGAAGCCCACCUCAGAAAAUGUCAUCUAUAGGGGGAGGGGGUGGCUCUAGAAUGAGGUUGGCCAUGUUACCUUACUAGGAUUGCCUAACAUACAGUGCUGUGAAGGAUAGUAGGGACCUGAAGCAACUAUGACGAUGACGAUGACGGAAACUUAAAAAAACAAUAGGUUUAAUGAUCAAAACAACAGCUCCGCACGUACUGUGCAUCACACUUUUUAGUACAUUUCUUUGAUGUCCACUGCACGGCUACAAGGUGAAACCUCCUAAUUUGAUGUUUUAUGGAGGACAUGGACAUAUGACGACAAAUUUUCCUUUCUCUUUUUUCAAACUUGAGUAAAAUCCUUAGGAAUUCAACUCCAGGAAAAGUCACGGCAUUUAACAUGUUGAGCAGGUCCAAAUAUAUGUGAUUAAGUUUGAAAGAACGCAAAUUCUUUUUUUAGCGAUGUUUUUUAAAACUUGCGUCGUUGCCGUCGUUGCUUAAGGUCCCUAGUAGCAUGAAGGCUGAACUUUUACCCUAUCCCUAAUAUUAACAACACCCAUGAAUCUUGUGUGUUUAAACUGUGGCACCUGCAUUUGUCAGGUCCUAAACUCAAACUUGGUAAGUGCUAUUCACUGGAUACAUCAAUAUUCAGUGGAUAAGUAUUAGGGAAAUUUAUCCACUUGAUAUGGAUUUAUUCAGUGGAUAGAGUUAACCUCCUCUUUUGAUGGGCCAGGUGUCAAGUUGUGUUACCAAAAACAACAGGGCAUUAACCUAUUCACCCCAGAAGUGCAGGUAACUGCCUGUGCAGAUCCAUGGUCCUUGUACUGCUUGUGAAGUCAUUGGUUUAGAUGGUCAAGGAAAACUUGGUCAUUUACCUUGUGCAGAGUGAAGAGAUCUUUCAAACUGUACCAUAUUCAGUCAAGGAGGCCCAAGAAAAAGGCAAAAGAAAAAGAAAAGUAAUGCUGACCCGAAAAUCGCCAUGAAAAUCUUGUUCCACUACCCACCUUCCUUUCCUUGAAUCAAAUCCUAAGAUUCGAAAAACUUUCCCAAAAACAUUUCCAGCUGAAGUGUAGCCUACUAAAUGCCCAGCCAAAAGGAACUAAAAAACAAGGCAAGAUAAAUGAAAGAAGACGGAGAGGAGUAAAAGUGAAAAUAAAAAUCGAGACUUGAAAAUUUUGCUUUCUAUGCUUGCUUUUCAAUUUCAUCUAGAUCAGGAGGCUAAAAUAUAACCUUUUGUAUCUUUUUGGUAGAUCAGGAGGCCCAGAAAGCAAACUGUCUCAUUGACCUUUGUAAAUAGCUUUUUGGUAACAUUUAACUCUUUAUUUCCCAAGGGGCCAAAGACAAUACAUGACCUAUUUAAAUUAAAAAAAUGUUUUAAAAUAUAUAUAAAUCUCAAUUCUUGCAUUUUGUGGCAAUAUUCCAUCAAUCGGUGAAAGUUUAAAGUUGUCUAAGGAGUUCCAUAAGUUCAACUAUAGAAAAAUGUUCUCUGACAAAAAAGGAAUUUGAAAACAACAUUACUGAGCUAUAGUGAUUUUAAGAUGUCAAGAUUAAGAAGGGUUUCUGUUUCAAUUCAUUACCAGUUUACAGCAAUUUUUAAUAAUAAAAAUCAUUAUUAACUAAUACAAAUUCACUACAAAGAAAGGUGAAUGUAUAGUACAGGGUUGUUAAAAGUAGCCAGCUACUGGCGAAAAUCGUUGCCUACUUGGGUAGUAUCGGCCAGCUACUCUGCUUAGCAUUUCUUUACGGAUGGCGUUUUUUAAAUAAAAUAUCCCUGGACUAGCCAUUUACUUUGACAACUCAGCCAUCUACUUCAAACCUUUCUGACAACCCUGACAGUACCAAGGGACUUUCAAGCCAGUGGCAAAGCUAAAUUAGUUUCACUUUGUGAAAUAAAAUGAGAAAGGACAUAUUAUAGCUGUAUUUAGAUGUAUUGUUUCAUUUUUAGGUUGCUGCUGAUUUGCCCUUUAUUCAUGAGAGUGAGGUAGAUCUUCUUAACAGAAUCUGCAGACUUGGCUCGUACUUUCAAAAGUUUCAGACAUUUUGUAAGAAGUUUACAGAAGUAUCUCCUUUUAUCAGGGAAGAUUCAGGAGAUGGUGAGCACAUGUAUUAUUAAAAGCUUUUUUUCCAAAUUUGGUGCCAAAUCAUCAUUAUAUCUUAUUUCUCUAGUUUUUUUUAUUUCUUCUCUCCUCUGGUGUUGCCAGUCACUUUUUAUCAUACCUUUCUUUAAUUACCUCUCUGAUUUUUAACUUCCAAAUCAAUUUACAGAUUUGUCUAUCAUUUCAAGCAGAUGUAGGUGAUCUUAGAACUAGUACUCACCAAUAAACAAGUUGUGACUGAACACAUUUCUCGUCAGGAACCAAUCUAGGGGAACCAUUUGGUUUAUAUAUUCAAGCCUUCUGUACUGGGUUGGAUCAAGUACUUGACUCCUACAGGAAAGACCUGAUUGAUUUAGAGAAACAGGUACUUUAAUUUAAAUUAUGUACAAGUCUGAGUUAAACAUUCUAGUAAGCAUUUCACUGAGGUCACUGUGACUAAUGUAUUUUUUUAAAACUACACAGAUUCUAAGAGAUCCCAAACUUCCUCUGACCUACAUUGAACACAGUUUAGAACAGGUUGGUUAAAUUUUUGAAACUUAAUAAUUACAUUUUGCUAAAGUGUGCGGAAUAAGGCUGUGCGUGACUCAAAUUUGAGCAGAAUAUAUUUAAUGCUUAAAAUGCAACCAGGCAAAUAGGCCAGUUUCAAAAUCUUUAAAUUCAUACUUGACUCUGAGGUUAAGGGGAAUGAAACAGAAUUGCAUUGAGAUUAAGAGAUGAAUAAUUCAUUUGUUUUGUUUUAUUCCCUUCAGCCUCAAUACCAAAUAUAAAUUUUGAUGAUUUUGAAACUGCUUUGUUAGAGGAAAAACUGUCAAUGUAUCAAAAGUCACGUGGGACUUUAUCACAGGCACCCCAGCCUUCAAUAAUAUACUUUAUUAUUCCACUAUUAUGUCAUUUUACCAUAUAAGGUCAAGAGAACAAGCAAAAUAUGAGGCCGUAAUACACCGUGGUGUCCUGGUUUAACCGGUUUACAACAGGGCGAAUACCGGCGGAUGCAAAAGGAGCAACUGUGGCUGACAGAAUCAGGAUGUUUUGGAUACUCUCAUUAGUAAAUAGAAGCCAAAAUACCAUUUUUCUUUUGCAGUAAAAUAAUUAAGCUCUCAUUCAAUGGUUUGGCAUAUAAUAUGGGCGAGCAUUUUGCUAAUUGUUGACGUCAUUCUCACAGACAGAAUCAGGAUGUCUCUGAAUACUCUUACCAAAAAAUAGAAGCCAAUUGCCAGAUAAUUUUUUUUUGUAGUGGAAUAAUGAACCUCUUAUUCGAUGGUUUAGCAUAUAAUACAAGUGGACAUUUUGCUCAUUGCUCAUAUUUUUCCUCAUCCCUGCGGGGCUUGGAAAAAUAUUACGCAACUCGCAAAAUAUCCGCACGUAUUAUAUGCUAAACCAUCGAGCAAGGUGUAUUUAUUAUUCAUUAAAAAUAUUUCCCCAAUUCUGAUUGGCUAAAAGCACAUGCACAAUUCACCAUAACCAGUUACUGAUGACCAAAUUUGAAAGAAUUUUGUGUUUAACGAGGAAAUGACGUCAAAAAUGCAGCCCGCUACAGGUUAAGGCACUGUUACCGAGAAGACCUGGGGAUGAGGUUGAGUUGUUUUGGUUGUGAAAAAAAAAAAACGGCAGACUUUUCAACUCAUUUCAAGAGUAAGAACUACAGCUGGAACUAGGCAAAAUAAUGGCUAAAAACAUGGCAAAAACAGCAAGAAGACAACUCGGAGGGCAACAUCUGCUAUUUGGAGAAUAUUUGCGGAGCAGGACAAACCUAAAGAUACACUAUCAAAAGCAUGUUUUAGCUAUGUUUUAAACUAGGAAUUAUUUUGAAUGAAUAAUAAAGCAAUUAAUGAAUUCGGCUUUCCUAGGAUAUGAAGAAGUAAGCAGAUCUCGGAGGGUGUUUAAUCCACCUUGGCCUUUGGCCUCUGAGGAUAACACCCUCCUCAACCUACUUAAUUCUUCAUAUCCUACUCAGCCUCAUUCAUUAAUUGCUAAUUAUUCUCCCUCCAUUUAUUGGUCCUUUGAAAUGGCUCUAAAAGAAUUGGAGCCCAUUCCAUUCACCCCUGGGUUUUAAAUUUGCUUUUUGAAGAAAAUGCAUCAAAUAUCAAAGUUUUCUAUACAAAUGAUGUGGUGAUAGUUAACUGUAUGAUGUCUCUUUUCUUUGUGCUUAUUAAAAGUGAUUUAGAACAGGGACAUAAAACAGUGAAUGUUGAGUGGCUAGCUCUAUUGAGAUGAUCUUGUGGAUUGAUACUUUAAAUAAAGUAUUAAGUUGAUUUUUGUAUGUUUUAGUAUCAAGUAUUGUUCCCUUCGCUGUGGUCAGUCAUUGAGAAAAUCCAAGUUAGUAAGGUACACAAAUCAAUGUCCUUACAUUUCUAAAUUAUGCUAAAUAAAUGCUAAUAAAUAAAUUUAUGCAGUCUUUGUACAUUCUAUAGUUAUGGGCAGUUAUAGAAAUUAAGUUACAUGGAGGAAUGUUAAAGUUUUGUUUAUUGAAGUUGUUGUACAAGAGCUUAUUAAUUGGUCUGGGAGCCGUAAUUAUUUCUAACCAGUAAUUUGUAUCUUUGUAUCUUUUGGUGAUUAGGCCUUAGGAUGUCAAAUUCUGGAUGUUUUACAACAAAGCUGUGUCUGUGGGAUCCCUGAUGUGAGAUAUGCCUUAGAGAGGUACUGUUGAGGAGGACAUUCUUUUGUGCUGUCUACUUUGUAAGAUGAACACUAAAAUACGCGUUUAGUUCCAAUGAACUUUGCAAUGACUUACGAGUUAUUUUUAAUACCAGUGAGUAAAGGCAAGUAAAAAAAGCGCCAUUUUAAUGUUAAAAAAGUUAUGGAGAGAAAUUCCUGUCUGAACCUAAAAUAUAAAAUGUUUUAUGUGGGAAGAUGUCUAAGCCUUUACCUAGAGGAAAACAAAACUCUUAAUGAUCACCACCAACUAUAAUGUACUGCAAUGAUCUUAUUUGAGUUUCAAUUUAUACCUUGGUGUUUGUUUAAAUUCACUUUAGAAUCCUGUUUGUGUGUCAUGGUGUGAUGUAUCACCAACUUAGUGCAUGGUUGCUACAUGGUAUUCUCAUUGAUAAACAUGGUGAGUUCUUCAUCAAAGAAGUAACUUUUGCUGAUGAUCAAACAGUUGAUAAAACAACUGACGGAGCAGGGACUAGCAGCACUGACCUAGGGAUACGUGGAAUCACUGGAAGGCAGCUUACUGAAAUAUUGGUGAGAGCAUCAGCUAAGCUACACCCAUUUGAUAGUAGAACAGUCUGUCAUUUUGAGGGGGUGGGAAAAUAAUAAUAUUAUGGGAGAAAGGAAUACUCAUACAUUAUGACCAAAGAAAAUAGGAUGUGUUCACCACACCUGGCAUGGAUGGGUUGCUAGAGUGUAUUAGGUUUUGGAGGAGGGAGUCUAAUGUGGCACAAUGUGUUUGUCUUAGAGGUAAUCACUAGGGUGUGCGUGAGGCAUAGGUGACCAGAUUAUACACUAGGUCCAAUGUACUGACCUUUAUAUGUACCACCUACCAAGAAGAGGGCAAAAAGGGGAGAAUACCUCUAUUAAAUAUGUUUCAUUGUUAGGAUUUUGCACUAGAAAAAUUAAAGCCAGGCAUAGGUACAUGUAUCUAAAGAAAAAUGGGGUACAGCUGCGCAAAUGGCAGCUGGGUACAGCUUCAGAGCUGUGCUUGGUACUUAUCCCUCCCACUCAGUCAGGUAAGGUUGAUCUGUGGUGGUCUUUAGUGGGAGAUGAAAGAAUUGAAACAGUGUUAUUAUUCCUUAAAUUACUGUGAGCAAUAUCUUUUGUUGUAGGAGGGUGAAGUGAAAAAGGAUGCUCCGGCACAGUGGAAGUUUAGAAUCAACGCAGAAAUGCUGCCAUCUUACAUUCCAACCAGGGUUGCUGAUAAGGUUUGUAACUCCUCAAGUUCUGGCCCUGGUUGUUCAAACGUUGGAUAGCACUAUCCAUCGGAUAAAUCUCUAUCCAGCGGAUCUAGCGUAAUUGAUGUCCGUAAUACUUAUCGGCUGGAUAGCGAUUUAUCUAGUGGGUAGCUUGUCCUUUAAAACAGUGAAUAGUUCAAUGCCAUUUAAUUCUACUGACCAUCUGUUUUGUAGGUUUUGUUUAUAGGAGAAUCAGUUGGGAUGUUUAAAGGAUCCAAGCAAACAAAAAAUUCUCUUCAGAGAAGUAAGUAAGGUACUCCUGGAACUUCAAUUUAACUUGUAUGUGAGUUGAUAAAUGCUAAUGUCAAGGAAUUUGACAAAAUUUGUGUAGGUUCUGUUAUCCAGGAGAAAGAAGAGGAAUUCACCAAAUCUUUAUAUGGCCUACAGCAGCAGCCUAAGUUCAAUUUGAUGUUGUUUGAGAAUGAAAUUGACAAGAUCAGGUUAUGUGUUGCUGAGGUAUGUAUUAAGUUAUGCAACUUUUUCUUUCUUUAGACAAUGUAUAACUAAUCAAGCAGUAAGGUCAUGAGAAUUAACAUACUGAUCGGCAAAGAUGACUGUAGUGUUGGACGAAAUGCCAGAAAAGUCAUUAUUGCUAAAUAAUGGUAAGGGGCUUGAAAGGUUUAAAAUUCAAACUGCCCAAUUGAAAUCGCUGUCAUAUUUGCUAUCAAAAUAAUCAUUAUUGUCAUCAUCAUUGUAAUGGUUGUCAAUUAGGCUAAGGGAACACCUGACAUUUUGCAAGGCCACCACUGGUUUCCCUGCAAAAUGACUUCUGAGGAACAACUGCAAAAAUUUGUUACUGAUAACACGUUACAACCCUCAUCAGGCUAUUGCAUCUCACUGGUCAUGCGAUAAGGGAAAUUUCCUUCAACCUCUUAACUUCUUAGAAGCCAUAGAUAUAUAAUCUACUUGAUCAUUCCAAAAGUUUGCUGUAAUGAUAACACCUUGCAAUGUAUAGCCACGAACACUUUCUCAACUUCUUGUGCACCAGUUAACAUAUUUGGCUCUUGUUGCAUAUUUUGGGUUAAAAAUUAGGACUGAAUGCACUUCACGAACAGUUGUCCAGUGAGAGUUCUCAGUGAUAAAUACUAGCUUUGUUGUCUCAUCCACACAUUUCACCCCUCAGGUUCCAAAUACAUGUACGGUAUAUCAUGAUUGAAAACAAUGUUAACCCCAAUAGAGUACCUUGGGGGACUCCCCCAUGAGUGUGUUUUCAUGAUGAUAAGGUGUUGUCCACCCUCACAACCUUACAGUGGAGUAGUGCAUGUUUGACAUCCAAUAACCUCAGUUCUUCCAAUCUGAGAACACUGUGGUCUAUCAGUCAAACAUUCGUAUAAAUCUGCACUCCUCCCUGCAAACACUGAACACUCCCUAGGUCUAAGACUGGUUUAAAAGUAACCACCAUUAAUACAAAAUUAAUCCACUUUGUUAAUUCAAAUUUCAGCAUCUUUGGAAACUUGUUGUUGAAGAUGUGAAUUUAUUGAAGCAUCUAAAGGUAUAUGUGUCACGUAACCUGGCUGGAGUUAUUAUUAUUGUUUCGUUAAAGUACUGGUAACUGUUUUUAUUUAGAGAUUUGUUAUUAUCUUAAUCUUAACUUUCUUCGCUAACCUCUGUUUCAGAUUUUGAAGGAGUUUUUCUUAUUGGGAAGAGGAGAGCUAUUCUCAGCAUUUAUAGAACAUGCAAGAAGUUUACUAAAACUACCUCCAUCAGACAACACCUCUCAUGGUAAGCUGGUCACAUGAUGUAUCCCUUAUGCACUUAUUAGAAAGUCUUAAUUCUUUAACUCUGGUAGAGGAAAUGAGUGUAGAAAAGAACACUCUAUUAAACUCCUCAAACUCAUUAAUAAUUCAUGUAGAAAAUACUAAGGAAAUUAAUGUUUAAUGAGUGUAUGGAAAUCAGAUGAAAAACUGGUCAUUUUUGCAUCCUGAAUUUGUCCUUCUAAAAUCAUUUUGUUUGAGAAGUAAUAUCAAGCAUUCGACAGUGUUUUCACCAGAUGAAACACCUCAAAGUUCAUCAAAAAUACUCCGCUGCGUGUCGUAUUUUCAACUCUCUUCACCAGAUGAAACACUGCAUCUCAUGCUUGAUAUAUUACUUUCUUCUGUUUCAUGGUAUACCUGUCCAGUAGUAUUUUUAUUGAACGCUCAAUUCAGUACCCAUCAUCCACCCUAGCCAUCCUCCACCCCUCCCUCCUCCUAUACCUUUGGUUACCCUGUUACAGUUCUACUUGUGAAAUCCUCUUGCGAAGUAGAUAAACUGGUUAAUGGGGGAUGUAUAAAUAACAUGUUUGUUUCCCUGUUCUUAGUUAUGUUUCUUAACAUCACAUAAUUAUUUCUAACAUUUUGAUCUCUUAAAGAUGCCCAUGCUGCUUUUCUGCAAGUUCUUAGCAAGGUGUGUUGCAGAAAACUUUUAUUUAUUCAAAAUGUGUUUGUUAGGAAUUAUGUGGUGUUAAAAGCAAUCAAAUUUACCAAUUCUAAAUGUGGCUAAAUGUAAUUUAGGCAGUUAAAUUGCAAGCCAAUGCGGUCAGCGGUCUGCUUCUCAAGCGUACAUGAUCUGUGGGGUUACCGCAGCGGCCUUUUGCUUAUCUUGUGACUUACAUUGCAUCUCACGCUGGCAUUUUUGAGCUGAUCUUUGCGUAUUCUGGCUCCCAGCCCAUCCCUUCCCUUCUAUGCAUUGAUAAGUAUGGGGUCAGGAGAGUAUUUUCCACUGAAUUCUGUCAGUGUGACAGUGCCAGUUGGCGGCUGCAUUCGGGGAUGUUUCCCACUUGCAGGGUUGCCAUGGAUACCUCCUUGCUAUGCCUAAGGCAUUCAGGUUCCGGUCCAACCUUGAAAGCACCAGUUCCCAAGCUCAUCUAUUGGCGAUGAGUUUAAAGAGUGAAAAUAGCAAACAAUUACUCUUAGUAUUCAGAAGUCAGGAAAGUCUGUUUUUGAUUGGAAUAUUUCUCAGUUUCUUCCAGAUGAUGAUGAAGCUGCGUCAUUGUUUACUAUUGUGAUCGACAAAGAGAUUACUCAGCGGGAGAAGAAGAAGAGAACUGCUACAGCUACAGGUAUUUACGGUUCGUUUUUUAAGUUUUGUUCCCAUUACCUUCUUUUGAUGUUUCAAGUUGACGGUUUUUGUUAUCUACAGACUCAUCAGCUGUAGUCAUAUCAGGCUGGGAUUGUGUUAAGCUCCAGUAUGAUGUACAGUGGCCAUUGCACAUUCUUUUCCAGCCUGCUAUUCUAGAAAAGUAAGUUACUGUUAUAAAGGCUUUGUUUUGUCUCAUACACCCAUUGAAAUUUGCCAGCCUAUUUAAGACGAAAGACCAAAAGUGUUUAUAGUGUCCUAUGCAACCUCUAUUGUAGCCAAAGUGAUGGUGAUGUAGGAUACUAGCUCUAUGUGUACUGUACCCUGUACUUCAGUUUCAGUUCUUGUAUAUGUGUGUCAUCAAUUCUUCACCAAAGAUAGUAUGCUAUCCUAGACCAAAACCCUGGGACUUCUCUACCCUGUCAUAAUCUAAACUACCUAAGCUGCUUGAAAACCAAAGCCACACAUGCCCAUACAUGUACAUGAGAAACCCCAGGAGUUCCAUCCAGUUGCAUAGACAGAUGCAAUCAAUUCUCUUAUUGGGCACACAACCUUGUAGACACUCUGGGACACUCUCUCUCACCUCCCGUACUCCUCCCGCCUUCUAUUCUUCAGAGCUGCCACCCCCUUGUCCUCCAUCUAUAUUAUACUAUUUUGUCAUAGAGUAAAUUACAGUGAAUUUAUUUAAUGUUUAGGUACAACAGUCUGUUUAGAUUCUUGUUGAAAGUAAAGCGUACUCAGUUGGACCUUCAACAAGUGUGGGCAGCUUACAUGGGCACUAAACAUUUAUCCAACGCACAGAUAUCAAAUAUGACAAAGAUAUGGCUUUCAAGGAUGCACAUGGCCUUCCUAGUGGAUAAUUUACAAUAUUAUCUUCAGGUAAAGGAGUCAAGCAAUCAUAUAUCACAGUAUUCCAAGUUCAACCAUUUUUAAGUCGCCAUUUUGGUGACCAAAAUUCAUAAAUGGUUGACAGGCAUAAAACAUUGGUCGCCAGAAAAAAGGACUCUUAUUACAUGUAAAGUUUGAAAUAUUCAAAGUGUCCAACUAUCGCAACAAAAUUUUGGGGUGCAUUCAAUAUGUCAAGGUUAGACCCAACGUGAAAAGAGCAAAUAAUAAAAAAAACAACAGAGCCUAAAUUAUUUCAUGCAAAUGUUCAUAUAUCGUACUUGAACUUUAAAAAGACCAAAAAGACUAAUUAAUAAAAGACAUCGCUUUGGCACCGCAGCUUGGAGCGCUGUAUCAAAUGCAAAAUUGGACUACUGCUCUCGUCAGUGUACUUUUAAAAUACCGUAAAAUUCCGAAAAUAAGCCCCGCGGCUUAUAUUUUUCAAAGGCUCUUUUUGAGGGGCUUAUUUUUUGAGGGGCUUAUAUUCGGAGGGGCUUAUCUACGGAGGGAAAUUUGCGUUUCAACAUCGAUUAGGCUAGCCUAUAGUUGGAAGGAAAUUUACCGUUUUUGCUUUGUUUUACUUUGUAUUUGAGGGCAAUUUUCCUAGUACAAGCCCCCAGGGGGCUUAUAUUUGGAGGGACGAUUUAACGGAGGGUUUUUUGGGUUACCGGUUUGGGGGGCUUAUAUUUGGAGGGGCUUAUACAUGGAGGGGCUUAUUCUCGGAAUUGUACGGUAUCCGUUUUAUUCACUACAUCUCAGAUUUUACCAUGCAAUGACCUUUCUUGGCAUAACCCUGACUAUUAUUGUAAUUCAUUUGAUGUUCCGAAACAAGCGUUAAAAAUUAACAGGCCUCUUAUUUUCAUUUGUAGGUGGACGUUUUAGAAGCACAGUACACCCAACUCGUGGAGAAAAUAAACAGCACAAGAGACUUUGAAUCAAUCCGUCUGGCGCAUGAUCAGUUUGUUACUACGCUCAUGGCGCAGUCAUUUCUGCUCAUGAAACCGGUAAAGAAUCUGAAUUAAAAAGAUUUGGCUUUCUUUUUUCAAAAACUUGUAAACAAAUAAAUAUUUUAUUCUGCAGGUUUGCAGGUGAAGAAUGCCAAAGUUAAUGAGUAGAGCUUCGUAAAAACGCAUUUUGCAUAACAUCGAAGUGACAAUGCUUUAAUUUUACAAUCCUUUUACAUACAAACCCUAUCGUGAAAAUGCUAGUCUUAAGACGUCUUUAUUUGGGUGCCGAUUUAAUUUUGUUCUGACAAACUUCCACAGACGUCAGACAGGCAUGCAAACGGAAACCAGUGAGAGAUCAUCAGGCGUCAGGGUUACUGAACCAAAAUACUUUGGUUAAUUCCUAAGAUAAUUACAUGUAGGAAAGCAAAUCCUCUAUUAUUAAAUAAGAAGUUCACUGACAUACCAAGGAUUAAAGCAACAGGAAACGACACUUACGUCGGCAAAGACUCGUCGUCGACACUUCCAUGUAGCUUUAUCACCAGACCACUUAGCUAUUUUUACACUACAUUUUUAAAGUUCAUAUUCAUUGUAAGAGAAACAGCUUCGUUAUUCCAACUUUAGAAGGCCAUCUUUUAAUGUUUAAGAACACAUUAACUUAUUUCCACGUACAAAAACAUUCAGAUCGGACAUCUAAAACUUUCAACUAACAACACAAAUUUUCACGAAUUUCCUAUGUCUUAUUUGUCAUCAACGAAACUCUUGUUCAAUAUUUUUCUCUCGACAAACCCCAAAGUAUCGUUUACUUAUUUCGUGGUUAACAGCUGUAUUUAAAGGCAAAUUUUUUGCGCUCCACUUGAAGAGUGAACGAAGUAGCUGUGAAACUGCGGAAAUCCGGCAAUUCUGCAAGGCAUUUUUGUCACUUUUUGUGACGAAAAUCGCCGCCAUGUUACAACGCGUGCACAUUUUGUUAUAAACUAGAAAGUGUGGAAAACACACAGCGUAGCGACGCAAAGAAAAGCAAUGUAAAAUAAAUUAGACUAGAUGCCAUUCGACAUAACAUCGUCGCAGCAAGUGGUCGCGUUCAACGUAGGUUUGGAGUGGUCGCGUGCAACAUUUAACUCGAUUGUUUAUUCACUGCUGAAUUCAAAUUGGUUUAAGUAAUUUUAGUUCAGAUAUCCACUGAAGAUUACUGACCGCGCUAUCACAAAUAGCUUUCCAUAUAAGUAAUAAACUAUCACCUUUAAGUGGCUAAAAGUUAGGGCUUCGGCUGAUGAUUAGCACUGGAAACUGGCAUCGCAACAAACGGGCAACAGGGAUCGUGCAGAGUCUUGAAUUCUUGAAAAAGUCUUGAAAUUUGUAGAACAAUUUCCAGACCAGGAAAAAGUCUGGAAAACAGAGAUAAAGUCUGCAAGACUGGUAAAAGGUCUGGAGUUUUUUUUUUAUUCCUUUUGCCACUAUAUACAGGCUAGCAUAGCCUGCAAAAACAUCCGUUUCUCCUCGCUCUUCGCCGCUGGGGACGUUUCGCGACGAAGAGCGAGGAGAAACGGAUGUUUUCGCAGGCUAAGGCUAGCACUGCCAUCCCGGGACUGCCAUGCGCUUGUUUUGGCACAUUCCUUUAAGUUUCUGUUGAGAAAUGACCGGGAUUCAUGAUAAGGAAUAACCUGCAAUCAGGCGGUCGUUUCCCCUUGUUUUCUUUGCCGCUGACUUUCGCGCUAACUAACGAACGGCUGAUCGCAGGUUGGAUAAGAAAUAGAAAUGGCGAGUCACAUUUAAAGUAGCCUACCCCUUUCGACGCCUGCUACGCAGGCUACAUUUAAAGAAAUAGUACCGACUUUCGCUUGAUUGACAGGUGUCGCACUGCCUUGAUGAAAUCCUGAACUUAUGUCAAUCAUUCAGCUCGCUCCUGCUUCAGACGGGAAACACUGGACUGUCAGAGAGAGAACUGGCGCAAAUUGAAAACAUCACUAAGGUACAGUACAACUCAGGGUGUCUUUGUUUCAAAAACGAGAAGGAGUAUAUUAUUAGGUUUAAAAAUUCUCGGCUUCGCCUCUAGUUUUUAACACUAAUAAUACACGACUGCGAGUUUUUUUGAACGGCUUCAAAAUCUCUGAUAAAGAUCAACUCAUUCUUAUACUAAUAUUUAGAUUCGGGGUUAUUUGGUCUUUAUCAGAUAUAAAGACACUCGUUAAACAUUAAUUUCUUUUGUUUUUUCUUUUCUCGUCUGUAACUGAUGGUAUAUUUAAGGGUGUGUUCGAUUGAUCGUACUUCGGAACAAGGUUACGCAAAUUUGUGACAAAAAUUUUUAACCUCAAAUUUUGGGUCGUUAUUGAUGUCCACCAGAUUUCUAGAUUUUACAAUGCAAUGUAAGCCGAAACUCCUUGUACUCUUAUUGCGGAAUACGGUCAAUCGAACGCGCCUAAAUUUCUCUUUUGUCUUCUUGAUUUUGCAGACUUAUGAAAGACAGACUGUUCUUUUGUUUCAAAUCCUGUCAAGUGUGCGCAGUCAUCAAGCCAGUCCCCAUUUAGCUCAGCUACUACUUAGGAUUGACUUUAACAAACACUUCUCGUCAUCAUUCCAGGAGAGACUCUAAACACAUGCUAAGUGGUGCUUCUCAUUGGCUGAUUUAAAAUCAGUUCACCCAAUCAGAGGUUUUUAUCGACGUCCAGGCUACUGUUCUUUGAUGGGGCUUUACCGAAUUACUGUUUUUACAGACCUGCAAUAGCCUGCAUGACAGAUGCUAAAAUGGCAAGCGAGCGGGAGACUAGGCGUUGAGAAACAAAGACAGAGUAGAGUAAAAUAGCGGACACCCUUUUCUGAAUGGAAAUCAUCCACAAGAAUUUAUUCGUACUUGUAGAAUUAAGAGUUAUAUUUACUGUACAAUAUAAAAUAAAAUAUCUAUUCUUUUGUUUAUUAAC